UAACUACAACCGAGUCAGCGGAGCCGACGCAGCGGCGGUCGGAGCUGGCCAGCUAGAGUUUUAGGAGAGUCGCUGUGCGCGAAGAAGGGGUUCUCUGUAAUAUCAAAGCCCGUUUUUCUUUUCUUUCGGAGCCUUUUUUUCUCGCUAGAGCCAGUGGGUGCCGUUAACCAGUCCGAACCAUUUGCACGAAACUUUUAGGGGAUCGAGCAACGCGCUGACGGACUUAUGUGAAGGGUCGAAAGUCGGUGCGCCCAGCUCUUCGCAUCCGCCGCUUUGAUCCGGUGUUGGUGAGGUUGCGAAAGGUCUAGGCCUAAACUUGCAGCCGAUCGGCGCUGUGAAGGAGCGAUGCAUCCCGACAAGAAGGCGUGGCUCUGGGUAGCUGUUCUCGCGUCUCUUCUUUGCACAGCGUACUCGACUACCAUCAAGGACAAAUCUAAAGACUCCGAGGAAUGGGACUUCGAGUUCGAGGAGCACUCGCGAGAUGAGACUUCGACGCAGAAGGAUUCCAUGAAAGAUCUAAAAGCGACAUACAACGCUUGGUCCUUCGCCGAUGCCGACCUCUGUCGCGCCGUUCAAUGCAAGCCGACACAGGAGUGCUUGAUUCAAGAUGAAAACACCGCUAUCUGUGUCAGCGCGAAGAAAGUCAAGAAGAUGAAAAAGGCAUCCCUGUCUGGCAGCUGGGGCAGCUAUGACAGGAAGCAGAGCACAACAAUGCCUUCCACCUCGACUGCAGCCGGUGCUGGCAGCACUGCAGCAGUCAGCACCACUAGCAAGCCAUGGAGCAGUGCAGAGGCAGAAGAUGAUGACGACGAUGAUCAGUAUCUGGAAGAAGAUAGCAGCCAAGAGGAAGAGCUGCGCUGCCCACCGUGCCCCAUGUUCAAGGCGGACUAUGUGUGUGGCACAGACAACCAAACGUAUUCGUCGGAGUGUCGGCUCCAGUACCACAACUGCCGCCAGCGCACUUCAGUACAGGUCUCCUGCAAAGGAUUCUGCCCCUGUAAAGCUGUGAAAAGCCUGGAAGAGCAGCAGCGGGAAAGUAGACAGAAGGCUCGGUGGGACCGUUACAUGGCAAAGCUACAAAAUACCAUUGACAAAGAGAAGAAAACCAGCAAGGAUGCCACAGGCAAGCCCGCUGCCUUUAACAACAGGCUGAAGUCCAAGUUCAGUUCCAAGGACUCGUGGACCAGCAAAGACAGCCAUAAUUCGGUCUUGACAAACAAGGUGUCUUCUCCUGUCAGCAAAGACAAAGGGUGCACCAAUGAUGACCUACAGGCCAUGGGCGACCGGCUGCUUGAUUGGUUUUCAGUGGUCAUGAGUGACCACCAACUGAGCACACAAGUGUCCACAAGACGAAGGACCCACAGAGUGUCCGAUUAUCACUUACCAGAGUGCAAGCCAGAAGUGGGCUGGAUGUUCCACCAUCUCGACUCGGAUGGGAACCUGCUGUUGACGCUGCGUGAGCUGUAUGACCUGGAGCAUGAUGAUCGUGAACGCUGUCUCCAGCCUUACCUGGCUGUCUGUGACCUCAACCGGGACUCAUUUCUCAGUACUAUAGAGUGGUGUGCUUGCUUUAACAAGUCUCAACGACCAUGUGCAGCAGCUUUGAGGCGCGUCACACCUGGUCUGAUUGGGGCAUACAUCCCACAGUGUGACGAGGAGGGUUACUUCUUGCCAGCCCAGUGCCACAGCAGUGCAGGCAUGUGUUGGUGUGUGGACCGUCAUGGUGCUGAGUUUGCCAACACACGCCGGAGAGACAGGCCUGACUGCGAGUCACUGAUGAACAAGACCAACCGUGACAAGUCACUGGAGGAUGACACAGAAGAGGACAGUGACGAGGUUAAGGACAAAGACGAAGGAUCGGGAGACCGCAUUCAGGACUUCUGAGCAUCCUUCCCAAAACAUGGCUGUUUGAGCCUCACCCAUUCCCCUUUUUGCCCCGCGCCCCUUUGCAAUUCACCACCGUUUCUCCUUGACGCAACGCACCCGCUUGUUCUGUCGGUGAUAGCAAGUGCAAUAGUCUGGGCCUCAUCUGUUCUGGUUCACAGCAAGGAACAAACAAAAAAAAAUUGGGCGAUCGUUGCCAGGAGGAACCACAUUUGUCUUCAACAGUUGGCAUGACACUUAUGUGUCUCAUAUUUUAGCAGGAACUGACAGCAGUAGUGGCAUUCUAAUAUGAACACAUUGGCUCUACUUCUUGCAAGCCACAGGUGUGUCUUUCAUCAUAGGUGCCCUGUUUUUUUGUUGUUGCAAUUAAAGCAUUGUUUUUCAAAGUAACUGAGAACUUUUUUUGUUGUUGUUACGUUGAGGAAGUUGCAGCAUUAGAGCUCAACUGUGUCAGUAAUUGAUCAAAAUUUAUUAUUUGUUACCACUGCUAUUUAGUGUGGGCUUCCUUGGAGUAAGAAUUGACAGGGAAGAAGUGUGCAAGCAUGAUGUGCUGUUAUAUGUGAUGUGCAAGAUUCUUCAAAGUUUUAUUAUUUGCUUUGUUGUUGUGUUAACAUGUUGCAGUGUCAUAUAAUUACCUUUAUUUUGCAGCCCGUCACAGAAACGCUCAAAUUGUGUGGUUUUGGAGUAUGGCGUAUUCUGUUAAGCUAGUGCAUUUUAUUUGCUCUGGGCAACUUAUCAUGACAACCAGUGGUGACAAUUCAGCAUGUUUCACACCACAUGGUUCCAUGUUUUGCGAAUGCUUGCUUUACGUUCAUCUGAAUCACAGUGUCUUGACUUGAGGUCAUGAUUCAGUUAUGUCUUUACCUAGUUAUAUUAUUUCUUGGAGCUCAGUGAAGAACAAAUUUUAGGGGCUACAUUAAGCUAUUAGCAUAACCAAGGUUUGCUUUUUAUGAAGCAUGUAGCAUAUAACUUGUGAGUAUGUCUAUUUGGGGCUAGGAUAUACAAAUAUAUUUUAAAACACUUGUUUACUGUAUUGAAAAAAAAAAUGUUGUAUUAUGCUCUGGCGUGAAUACUCUUACAGUUUUCUGCAUAUUGCCUAAUGGUUUAAUUAUUAUACAGCAAACAUGGUUUUAAUUACUGGCUCAUGUUUAAUGCUUGCCUUUGCUUGCUUACAUGAACCUUAUUUAUAUUAACAAACUGUGUCACAAUUUUUUAUUGUUGCUGGCUGUGCUAAUUUUGCAAAAGGUUUAAUUAACUAUGUCAUGUGGUGGAGCUUAUUUUGUUAACUCUGUGGUGCCAUGUGUUUAUACUGUUCCAUUGUUGCUUUCUUUGUUUUCUUUGUAUGCGUUCUUAAUGUUCCCGAGACAAAACACACCUAUGUUUGUGUCUGCAGGAGAAAAGUGAGUCUUUUAGCAACCUAUGUUUCAUAGAAUUUGCACAAAGCCAACAGAAUCCAAGUCUUCCAUUUAAGUUGAGUGCCACAUGUAUUACCUUUGUUAAAGAUGUGUUUAUUUAGUUUUGUGUUCUAGGCUUUGAGGACCUCAAUAGCUCUCAUUGAUGGUCAUGUUCUUAAAGUCUCAAGCUUCUGCAGUGUCUUGCUUGCAUUUCCUGAUUGUUUAGAAGGAAUUAUUUGGAACUGACAUAGGGAAGAGAAGUGUAAAUGCAGCUCUGACUGCUUUUGAAUGUCAUUUGUUUCACAGCAACGGGCUUAUAAGAUUGCACAAGCCUUAUUAGUAAGGUGUCUUCCAGGAAGCCAAUUCAGUGAUUUAGUGUACAAAUACUUCUGUGAUAAUAGGUUAGCUUGUGCUACAGCGGUUUGAUGAAUCUGACUUUUCUUUUUUUCGUAGUCCCAAAAUUUAAGCUUUUAAUAGUCUGGUAAAAAAGGUGUAGUUAAUCUUGCAUUGUGGUAAACUAGCUUAGACAAUACUAAAAUUCCUGACUGCAUGCCAUACAUGGACAAAUUGACAAGCUAUGCAGCCGAUUCUGUUAAUGUUGGCAUGUAUCAAUUUAACUCGUGUAAAAGCUUUUCUUUCCCCUUCUAAGCACUUCUUUUGCAUAUAUAGAGUUUUAUGUAACAGUAUAAUUUUCAGAUGGUUAAUUUUCUCGAGCCAGUGCAAUGAUUCCAUGUUCAUUUAGCAAAGAGGUUAUUAAGAAGAAAGUCUGUAGGGGAAAAAACAAAAGUUCUAACUUGCAAGAUACCCUUUUAUUUAAAUUCAGAAUCAUUCUUGUGGGUCAGCUUGUCUUCUUUUUUUUUUUCCCCGAAAAUCAAACUUGACGCUGAGUUUGAUUUAUCAUGUUUGAAUUUCAUUAUUGUUAUCAAUGUGUAUAUCUGUAUCCAACUUCCAGUGUCUCAAGAUAUGGUUCACGCCAGCAGUUAGCCUCGCUAGCUUACCUGUGCAGCUUGUAGUUAACACAUGCUAAGGCAUAAGGGUGUCAAAACUCUCAAGUUUGAAUCUCAUCAUGAUUAUGUGACGAAGCAGUGGUUAACCUAACGUUAAUAAUAUGAGAUUUGGCUAUUGAGUCUUCUGAAAGCACUGAUGCCACUAACAUAAAAGAAACCUUUUUUAGACAUGAAAAGCGUAUUCUUGAGCAUUUUUCAUGUAGUAGGAUUGCUAGUGUCAGUUUCCUCCAUAGUGUGUUGCACAAGUGUUUCAUGCUUAACAGUUUGAACCAUCUCAACCGCUAUGUUUCAGAUGCAUGUGCAUUACCUUGUCAAUGCCUGAGUUUACAUUGUUGAAUAAUUUAAAUGACCUUCCAUGCAAGACACUUGCUAAGUGCAUUUAUAGACAUGAAUGAGAACAGCUUCAUUAACCUUUGCAGCAACUUCAUGCAUUUUUGCAUGUCUAAAGUGUAUCUCGGAAGCCCGUUGCUUGUGGAACAAACCUUCAGUGCCCAUUUGGGCUGCUGUUUUUUUUUUUUUUUUUUUUUUUUUUUUUUUUUUUUUUUUCAUGCGGGAGAAAGAUGUACAUUCCAGUGAAGGCUGUGAAAGAAACUGCUGCUGUUGGUGUAAGAGUGCAUAGUUUGUUGGUUGGUUUUCUACGGCCUUUCUUUGUUGUUCCUUGGCAUGGCUUGAUAUCUGCAUAUUGCUUCUCCUUCAUUUCUGUCCAGGAAGCAUAGCAGCAACAGUGAGAACGCCGUGGUGAUGAGACCAUUUUUGUGCAUGCUGUCUGUUCUGUGACCUAUGAGCAGGAACUACUAUGAGCCUUUGUGUGGGAUCUUCAUGUUCUGUACGCAUGUUUUUAGCACUUACAGAAUCUAGCACCUACAGAAUUAGCGCAUGUGCAGGAUUUAGUGUGUGCAGAAUAUUUGUGAUCUGUGCACCUGUUUUACUGCAUUUCCUGUCCCUCUGUCUAAUCCUCCAAGGCAAAGGGGGUGACUUUUGAGGGCGUACAAAUGUGUUCUCAAAAGUCUUGUGUUGGUGUUUCAAUCUGCUCAGAAACUGAGCAUAGUGUGACAAAACAGAUGCUGUUGUAUUUCUCAUUGUUUUUGUGACCCCUAGAUGGCAGCUUUGAACUGUACAAUAUUCAAAAGUGAGAAUGCCAAAAAAACUAAAGCAAUUCCACUUAAGUCCAGUAUUCAUAACAGCAAUUCUCCAAUGUAUGCCAACCACCAUAAGCAAGAAGCUGGGAACUGCAUCAUGUCGUGCUGUCAAGUCCUGUAUGUGGCCAAGCUGAUGUCAGCUGAAACAAGGGGACCCGUACACUUUGCUGUUACAAUGCCGAUGCUUGUCUGAGGCUUAGCUGUCAGAAGUAUGCGAAAAUAUUCUUUGAGGAAUUUUUUGUGAUGCCAAAACUGCACAAAGAAACUCGCAAAGUUAUCUGUGAGUAUUCUCAAGCAUACUGCAUUCCCUUUUGCUUUUGGCUGAUAAAUUUCUGCGAUUCCUUGUUAACUCUUGCUUGUAAUUGGCAUAAUCUAUCUAGGCAAGUAGUGAACUCUGAAAGUAAUAUUGCUGUUUUUCCCUACUUAAUGGAAGUUGCCUGUGACAUUUUAUCACAUGAGAGACUGCAAGGAUUAGUCCUGGGCUUAAUGGGACUAGUGGAUGGUAGUCCACAAUGCAUAACUAGCAUCUUUGUUUCACAAAGUGUAGCAGUACAAAUGUCUUCUUUUCUUAUAAGUGCCAUCCGAUGUUUUUCUGUAUGCAUUUAUGCCACAUGUAUUUACUACUUGCAUAUGGUCAUGGUAACCACUAUGUAACAAUGUUUUUGUAGGCUGUGAUGAAUAAAGUACCACUACGAGACAUA